CCACCCUAAAUGUACCCAACUCUAUAUGUUGGGUCAGAGCAAGAACACGAGCUGCUAAGCUUGGAUAGGAUUAUCACAAAAUUUCAAAGCGCAAUACCUUUUUCAUUCUGUGAGGGUAAGGAACUUCUACCGGAAAGAGAAACAACACCACCUAAAAUCAUUUCAGUGGCUCACAUUUUGCCCAUGAAGGCGCGUGCUGUUCUGCUUCAGACCUUUGCAAUUUUCAUCAAGAAACUGAACGUGGACACUCCUACACUUAACCUCCAGGUUGUUGGUAGUUGUAGAAACGAUGGUGAUGAAAUAAGAUUGCAGGAUUUGAAAGAUUUAGGUUGCGUUUAG